AUGAUAACAUAUAUUGUGUUUAUUUUAAGUAUUAUUUUUGUAAUUGGUUUUGUGGGUUUCUCUUCUAAGCCUUCCCCUAUUUAUGGCGGGUUAGUUUUGAUUGUUAGUGGGGCUGUUGGUUGUGGGAUUGUGUUGAGUUUUGGUGGAUCCUUUUUAGGUUUAAUAGUAUUUUUGAUUUAUUUGGGAGGUAUACUUGUUGUUUUUGGUUAUACUACCGCCAUGGCUACUGAGCAAUAUCCCGAGGUUUGAGUUUCUAAUAAGGCUGUGUUAGGUGCGUUUAUUGUGGGUCUCUUGUCAGAGUUGUUGUUGGCUUGUUAUGUUUUGAAAGAUGACGAGGUUGAUGUUGUGUUUGGAUUUAAUGGUAUGGGUGAUUGGGUAAUUUACGACACAGGAGAUUCAGGAUUUUUUAGUGAGGAGGCCAUAGGUAUUGCGGCCUUGUAUAGCUAUGGUACUUGAUUAGUUGUUGUGACUGGGUGGUCUCUUUUCAUCGGGGUGUUAGUUAUUAUGGAGAUUACCCGUGGUACUUAA